AGUGAAAUAAAACGUUUAUGAUACUUUGAGAGAAAUUUAUAGUAAAAAUGGAACAAUUAGCUAUAAUAACUGGAGCAAAUACGGGUAUCGGGUUUGCCUUAGCACAACGUUUAUUAGAAGAAUCCGCGGAAUCUAAAAUAUGUCUUAAUAUUUGCUUAUCUUGUAGAAAUUAUGAUAAAGCAGUAAGAGCAAAAUCCCUUUUACUUAGUAAAUAUAAUUGCAGUGCAAAUCAAAUAUUCAUAGAAACUGUUGAUACUAGUUCUAUUCAAUCGGUUUUGAAAUUUACUAAAGCAAUAAAGGAAAAAUUUUUUAAAAUAGAUUAUUUUUACUUAAACGCUGGUAUCAUGCCGGUUUCCAAAGUAGAUUUUUCCCUUUUUUUCACUUUUAAUCUUUUUUAUGUGAUCAAAAUUUUAACGACCGGUUGCGAUAUUUUGAAACAGCUUGACGAGGAUACGCAAGAUGGAAUGAAAUCUGUUUUUCAAACAAAUGUUUUUGGCCAUAUAAUUAUGAUUUUUGAACUUUUAGAAAUUUUAUGUAAAAGUCAAUCAAAAGUAAUUUUUACGGGAUCGAGUGCUGCUAGAGAAGAUUCUUUUUCUAUAGAUGAUAUUGAACAUCGAUUUGGUGCUGAUCCUUAUGGAUCUUCAAAGUUUCUUCUUGACGUUCUUGUUAUUGAGCUUAACAGGCUUUUCAAUUCUAAAGGUGUUUACUUUUACACGUGCUGCCCGGGUCUUGUGAUGAGCCAGGUGACUUAUAAUUUGAUGCCGUAUUGGGUGUGGAACCUCAUUUUGGUCCCCAUUAUUAGGCUGGUUCGUAUGUUCUCCUCUUUUUAUACUUUGGACCCCUUAAACGGCGCAGAGGCAUUACUUUAUCUUUCGAUGAUUCGGAAAUGCGACCAACGCGAGCGCCCCAGCGUUUUUGGGGGGUAAACGGCAUCAAACGGCGGUUGCUUAACGCCCACCCACGGGUUUCUGAGCUGGCUUAUGAAAAAGUCAUGGAGCUUUAUAAGAAAAAGGUUGUUAGCC